AUGGCGAACAAAAUGUUAAAUAUAAAAAUUGAAUUGCCUGAUCAAAAUCUUGACAACGAUGAUAAAGUCAUCCUUAUAAGUUGUCAUCCAUCAAUUGAUAUCUUAUCAGACAAUAUCUUUAAAUUAAAUAAGGACUUUGUAAUUCAAGUUGCAAAAGACAGUGAAAUCGACAGGAAACAUAUGAUGGAUAUAUGUAAAGUUCUUGAAUUUACUAAUGAAUGGAAUAUCAUUGAAGUUAUAGCUAAACUAUCAGAUAUAAAACCUAUCAACUUUCCAAACUUAUUCAUAUUCAUCAUAAAAUCAGAGAAUGUUAAUUCUACUGAAUUGAAUGAACUCAAGGAAAGUUUGAUAAAAUUUUGUCAGGAUCGACCGAUGAUUUUACAGCUGAGAAAUGAAAAUUCAACAACAUUUUAUUAUAAAGAAGAUUCUACCGAAGAAGUUAUAUUAAUUGAUUCAACUGCGGCAUUCGAAGACAUAAAAGACUUUUCAACCUUCUUGUUAUCAUUUUUAAGCAAAAAGUUUGAUAGUUUUGAAGAAAAACUGAUUGACAGGCUACCAAGUGUUAAAAAUUCAUCAUUAAUUUUAAGAUUCUUAAGAACAUUGAAAUUAAGUAACAAAUUUCUAGGAGAACUGAUCCUUGAAGUCACAAAAAACGGUAAAAAAGAGAAUUUCUUAGCUGUACUGGAUGUUCCAUUUGGAGAUGAUGGAAGGAAACUUAACUAUGAAGCCCAAAAUAUAUUGUCAAAUGUAUUUGAAGAGAAUCAAUUCAUAACGAAAGAUCCAAGUACAUUCAAUCGUAUUCCAUCAGAGGAAGAGAAAGUAAAUACAAAUGUUCUACAUCCAGGGCUUAGCAUUGAUUCAUCUAAAAGAGUGUCUGCGAAUCUUCGAGAUUUCCCGAAAAAAGUAUCAACUCCAAUACCUAGCAAGCAGUUAAAUCCAUCAGUUCUUCAUGCAGCUAUAGAGAAUAAAAAUGAACUUAUUAUCGAUUAUUUAAUAACUUAUUGGUCUCAUCUGAUUCGAGAGCUUCCGUUCAACCAUCAAGUUGAUAUUUCCACUAUCGCAUUUAAAACAAGUCAACUUAACAUUUUAUGUGAUUUGCUGGAAAUUUCAGACUUUCCAUUUCCUAAAGAUUUCAAAGAGGGCGACGAACUCUGUGACGAAAGGCUUCAACAGAUUACAAAAACCAGAAUGCAGCUAAUGAGUGCCAUUCAGGAAUCAAAUCUUAAUCAAAUUGAUAAUUUUAUUGCCAAUAAUCUAAAUCUAAAAGUCAUCUACACUCCAAAUAAUAAGUCUGUUAUGCAACAAGCCGUUGAUUUCAAAAACUGCAGUGUUUAUUUUCAUCUAAAAUCUUUUGGAUAUAAAGCAACAGAGUUUAAAAAUCUAGAAGAUGUUCUUUUUGAGAAUGAUUUGAAAGAAGCAAAUGAACAAAAAUUGCAGCAAAGACGCUUUAAUGUUCAAAAUGCACUUCAGACUGACUUAAAAUCCAUUAACACAUUGCGCAACAAGUCGUGUAUCCAUAACAGGAAGAUUAAUAAGGAACUGGAAAUAGAAUAUCAUACAAAGAUUAAAGAAUGGUUUAAAGAUAUUAAAAAAGUCGAGGGCGGUCCUGAUUUUCUAGAUGUUGCAGCUUCAUGUGAUUAUUUGAAGAUAAUUUUUGACUUUGAGAGUAGCACGGUCGAAAAUGCAAGCUUAUCAGGACCAUCAUCAUUAGGAGUUUUGUAUUCAUUAAGAAAAUUGAUAUUUAUUGGUGCUAAACAGUUAGACAAAUACCGUGAACAGCAAAUUAAAGGAGUUUUAGCUCACGAGUUGUGUCAUUAUGUUAUGAAACUAGUUUAUCAGAAUCAAGAGAAACCUUAUUUUGCCGAUAGAACUGAUAUCAUGGAAAUAUUUGAGAACAUAGUAAAACAACUUAAUAAGUGGACAGACUUAAAGCAAGAGAUUAUCGAAGACGACGAAUGCAAUGAAAUAAUUUCGAGUGUUUUUCGACUUUAUGACAAGGAAGAUCAUCAUGUGGAGCUGAUUGUAAGAGUUUUGCAGAUUUUGGUUGAAUUCGAUUAUAGCGAGGAGUAUUGUGCCUAUCUUCAGAAUAAAUAUAAAAUAUUAUUUGAUUUUUGGAAUGACUAUGUCAUGCCUGACGUGCGGGAAUAUCUUCAAAAAAAUAAAGAUGUAAUUAAGAUGAACGAAAGUUUUGGAAUUUUAGAUGACAUAAAUGACGAGAAUUAUCAGCUCAAAGGUCAAGAUAAAGUCAAAGGUAUUGAUGAACACAAAUUGCUGAUUAUAACUACAAAUGUUCGUAAACUAUUGCUAGUGGACAUCUACAAAUAUCUUCAAGAUAAAUUCGGAGUUUUCAUGGACUCAAUGUAUUUAUUUGUUAAUCCCAAAAAACUUAAUAAGAAGCCAGUUAUGAAUGAUUUUAGUCGCAUCAGUUUUGAAAAUAAGAACUUGAAUUUUAUUAUUGAUUGUACGAAAGGAUUAAGAAAAGACUUAGGACAAUUAUUUGUGAGGAAGGACUUUAAUUGCUUGUUUAUUGUACCAAAUAAUGAUCAGAUUGAAGAACUGCUGAAUAUAAUCGAUGAAAAUAAAAUGGAAGAUCCAACAAUAAUUGAAAUAUCUUACGACUGGACUGACUUAGCACGGGAAAGUCAACAGCAGUUACUAAACACAGAAGUAAUAUUUCAAAAUAUUAUGAAAACGACAUUCAUGGAUUUAUUAAGCAAGGACAUCAUAACAGAAGUAGACAAAACUCAAGUGGAAAAGAUGAUUAACGACUUCAAUGAUGUGACUGAUGAUCAGCUUUUAGACAUGCUUGUAAACAAAUCAAAUAUUACAAUUAAUUCAACUUUUGAAUAUGAAAAUUUUGAAAACAAUUUUGAUCUCCUUUUUGAACUUAGGGAGUAUGUCAAAAAAGUAAAGAAUGCUGGUUCCAAUAAAAUGCUUACAAUGCUUAAGGAAAAUGUCGUCGUUGAGAGUUUUGACGGAGGGCCUUUGUCAAUUCCUGAGACGAGACAAAAAACAAAGAUUAAUGAAACGAUAUCACAAGAAGAGCUACUUGACGAUGUCAAAAAUAAGCCUUAUGUUCUCAUAUCAGAUAUUGCUGGAACUGGAAAAAGCUGGGCAAUGAAAGAUUUCGCGAAGGUACUAAGCAGGAAGUAUUCAAGAAAAUGGGUGACUUAUGUGGAUUUAAAACAAUUUAUUGAGAGUUUUAAGUCAGAAAAAUCAGAACCGGACUUUGCAUCAUUCGUCGCUGACAAAAUGUUAAAACCCAAAAUGGAGUUCGAAAGGAAACUUUUCAAAAAAUUCUAUAAAAAUGGUAAAACGAUUGUUCUAAUGGAUGGAUUUGAUGAGAUAGCUCCAAAUUGUGCUGAAUACGUGUCAAAAUUGAUAAAGUCAUUCAAGUAUAAUGGUGGAAAUCAGCUGUGGAUAGCUACAAGAGACUACUUUGAAGUUGAUUUGCAAACAAGUCUUCAACUUGAUGUUGCUUAUAAACUUGGAACAUUUACAAAAGAAAACGGAAUUAAUUUGAUUGUAGCGAAUUGGAUAUUGAAGGAUCUAAAGCAUAAGAAUGUCCAUAAAAAUAUUGACUUGAAGCAGUACAUCAGAAGUCAUGGAAAUUACAAAAACUAUUGUCAAAAAGCAAUGAUUAUAGUCAAUAAAGUUGGAAUGACCAAAAAUCGUACGGUUGGAUUACCACAGCUGUUUCAUAUGAUCGCUCAUGGAUUAAAAGAUGACUUAGACAGCAAAGAUGACUUGACUGGAUCUGAAAUUUACAAAAAAUUUGCAUCUAGCGUCUUUAAAAGAUGGUCAGAUGAAAAAGGUCAAAUUAGGAAAGAUGCAAGCAGUCAAGAUAAAGAUUUGGAUUUUUACAAAUUUCAUCAUUAUUCAGCUGUUGCUAGUUUGUUUCCCGAAAUGGCUAAAAUACUAUUUCCUUACUUCGAUGAAAAAGAAUGGCCUGAUGCAGAAAUCAUCGCCGGUGGCUUAAUGAGCAAAAGAGGUGGAAAAUUCUAUUUUUUGCAUGAAACUUUUCGAGAAUAUUUUUUCACUGUUGCUAUCUCGAAAGCUAUGAAGAAUCUUAAGAUUGUCAGAAAGUCUAUCAUUGCGAGACUAUUUGGAUGGAAGUAUCAAGAUGAUUUGAUUCUUGAGCUAUUUAUUCAGAUUCUUACAGUUGAAAAAUUUGGAGUAAUUCGGAUGUUCCUGAAUGAUUCUAUCAAAGGGAGCUUAAAUAAAUCACAAUCUGAACUUCAAGUGAUUUGCCAUAAAUUGUAUGAAAUGGAGAAUUUUGAAGAGUUUUUCAUUAAGCACCUGGAACAUUUAGCUGAUUUUAUUAUCGCAGUUUUUAAAAAUGGCAAUUAUGAAAUGAUUAAAAACAUUUUAAAAGCUAGUGCCUGGAAUAUUAUUACAAAAACUGAAGAUUCCAACAUGUUUAUAAAAUUCCAAGACUUUUUGUUCGAUUUUCUAAAAGUCAACGAUUUGAAAACUUUUAUCAUAGAUCAAGAAAUCUUUCAAGCCAUCAUCAGAUCCUGCCAUAGCGUUAAAGUUUUUGAAGACUUUCUUGUAAAAACUGAAUCCAAGAUUGAUCGAGCAUUUAUCAGAAAAGGUCUUCAAAUGUACAGCAAAAACGACUGGAAUGGAAACAUUUUCUACUUCCUUUGUGAGUCUUCUGGCUUAAAUAUAUACACAGUACAGAAGUUUCUUGAAAUCUUGCAGCGAUUCCUCACAACUGAUGAAAUAUUCAAGCUUGUCGAAAAGUGUAAUAAAUAUGGCCAAAAUGUCUUUCAAUUUUGCGUACGAUCGAAUGAUAAGGAAUACUUUGAUAUGCUGUGGAAUGAAAUCAAGAAGAUAUUUCCAUUUCAAAGUUUUAAGCAGCUCAUCCUUCAACGAGAUUCCUUGUUUUGUGAAAAUAUAUCACAUAGUGUGAUUCUACGAAAAGAAACUGAAAUUCACGAUAGUUUGUGGCUGCUUUUGCUGAAAGUUUUCAAUGAUUCCGAAUUAAAGACAUUUAUUCUUCAAAUUGGUCAAUUUGAGAACAAUUUUGUCUAUAAAUUGAUAGAAUUAAAUGAGAAUCCUGAUGUUAUUGAGCUAACAUUUAAAAUGUUCAAAAUGAUAUUCGUUGAUCUUAAUGACUUACUAGCUUCAAAGAGUUUUCUAAAAAUGAACUUGCUUCAUGCUACUGCAGCGAAUCGUAAAAGCAUCGAAAUCCAUAAAUUUUUGUGGAAAGUAUUUCGAGAAACUUGCGAUUCUAAUCAAGAAUAUUUAGAGAUUCUUAAACAAACUGACAGAUUUGGAUAUAAUGUUCUUCAUCAUGCUGUUGAAAAUUCAUCAAAUGAAGUUUUUGAGUUUAUGAUGGAUGAAUUUAAAGAAAUUGGAUCAACUGAUGACAUCAGAUUCAUAUUAAGCAACUUAGGACAACAUCGUCGUAAUGUCUUACAAUCUGCUGUAAAAUCAAAUAAAUGCCCAAAACUUCAUGCAAAUUUAUGGAAAACUUUACGAUUUUAUUUUAAUGAUGACGAAAUAUUGAACCUUAUUAAUCAUGUCAACAAGAAGGAAGAGAAUUUACUGAUUCUUGCUGUUGAAAACAAUACAAAAGAAAUUAUGGACCAGACAUGGAUUGAGAUUAAAGGAAGUUUUAAGAGCAAAGAUCAAAUGAUUGAAUAUUUAGAAAUGAAGAAAUGGAAGGAAAGUAAGCACAUUAAUCGACAUUUUGACAAUUGGAGCUUAAUAAUCAGCAUUUUAAUCAUCAUUUAUGACUUAUCAGCAUCGUUUGACAUUGAAUGUGAAUUUAAAACUGAUAAUUAUUACAAAUUUGGUGAGCCAUAUCAGUGCAAGGCAGGAACUACUCGUAACAUAACUACAUACGAAGAAGCACUUAUUACAUCAAUAUCUGGAACUCACAUAGACUUAAAGACCAAUGACGACGUGACUGGCUUUUAUUCAAACUACAAAAUCAUUCAAUAUUUUCCACGAGAUUUGGAAAAAUUCUUUAAAAACCUUGAAUUAAUUUACAUCGAAUUUGCUGGAUUAAAUGAGAUCCAUCAAGCUAACUUAAAGCCAUUCCAAAAGCUGAUUUAUUUAUCAUUAAGCUACAACUCAAUUGAGGUUCUCGAGUCAGGUGUUUUUGAUGCAAAUCCAAAUCUCGAAAUCCUUUCAUUCGUAGCCAAUGACCUCGUGCAUAUUGAACCUGAUGUUUUUGACAAUUUACCAAAAUUGAGGUGCUUCUGGUUUGGUCGGACUUGUGUUGAUAAGUUUGUGAACUCUAGAGAUGAAGUUAUUGAAGCUAUUGAUGUUGCAAGGAAUCAAUGUGUAAGUGCUGACUAUACAUUCAUGAAUGAAAGACUUGCAAAGCUUGAAACUGAGUCAAAAUUUGUAAAUUCUGAAGAAUUUUCAGAAAAUUUUGAAAAAUUUGAAAAAAGUUUUAUAAAAUCGAGAUUUUAUAAUUUUACAACUCUGAGGAAUCGAUUUGAAGGAUUGAGGAACUACACAGUUGAUUUAAGUUCCAAAACUGGAUGUAGAAAAAGCUCGAGUUUAAAAUCUUUAAUGACUUACGACUUUGAAGCUACAAACUCAACAAUUGAUAUGAAAAUUUUACAUUUGAGUGAAAAUAUGAAGGAUUUAGUGUCUGAAGGUUUAGGAUUGAAUGUAAAAUUGACAAAGCUUAAUGGACAUUUCGCAAAAUUUGAAUCCAAAAUGUCUAAAAAGCUUAGUAAAAUUGACAAAGAAGUUGAAACUACAAGAAGCAGAAUCGAUGCAAAACUGAAGAAAAUUGAGAAUAAUUUGCUGGAUAAAAUCAGAGACAUUUUGGAGGAAAAAUUGAGAAAAAUCUUUGAUGAGAAGUUGGAAAGUCUUUUGAAUGCUAAGUUGCAGAAUUAAUGUCGG